GAUGCAAAUUGACUGAACCAUGUGAUCUGUUUUAUAAAAAACAGGGGGAGGGUAGACUCAGAACAGAGAGAUAAAAGCACAGCACUCAAAACACAACAUGCACAUGUAGAAGCCGACCUUGUAUCUCUCUUUCUUCUAACACCCAAUCCCUCAAACUUUUAAAAAAAAAACAAUGAAAUCCUGCGAGCUCUGUGUCUCUUCAGCUAAAAUAUACUGUGAAUCAGAUCAAGCAAGUCUCUGCUGGGACUGCGAUGCCAAGGUUCAUUGUGCUAAUUUUCUUGUUACUAAACAUUCAAGAACCCUUCUCUGCCACCUCUGCCAAUCUUUCACGCCGUGGACCGCCACUGGACCCAAGCUCAGCCCUACUGUUUCUGUUUGUCAGAACUGUGUAAACAAUUCCAAUUGUAGAGAAGAAAGGGGCAACGAAAAUGAUCAGAGUAGAGAUGGUGAUGAUCAUGAUGAUGAUGAUUUUGAUAAGGAAGAUGACAGUGGAGAUGAUGAAGACGAUGAAAAUGGUGAUGGAAGCGAUGAUGAUGACGAUGAAGAAAAUCAAGUGGUUCCAUGGUCUUCUACAGCGCCACCACCGGCUUCAAGUUCUUCUAACAGUGAUCAAGAAUGCUCCACUAGGAUGUCUUGCAGCGACGAAAGUGCUUCUCAAUCAAGAAUUGCAUUUUCUUUGAAGCGAAUCAGAGAAACUACGGAGCAUAUUUCUCAGGCAAGGCCAUUGAAGGACAAGGAAAGAACCAUGAGUGAUUCUUACAAGGGAUUGCAGAAACCUAAAGUUGCAGAAAAAACCAUGAAGUUUGACAUCUGCAAACUGAAAAAAACAUCAAGGAAAUGCCAGUGAGUGAAACAAUUACAGCCAGGUAAUUGCAACUCUAAUCUGAGAUUGAUCUGUACUAUUGUUGCUUUAACAAUUAACCCACUUAGAAAAACUGUGUCUUGUAAUAAUCACAGGUACUUGUUUCUUCUGAUUAUUGUUAUUAACCUUAAAUAAACGUUAAUGCUCAAAAUGUGGUAAUAUUUUAAUGAAGAAAGAGAAUUGAAUAGAAAUUGCAGGUGUUGGUCAGUGUCAAAAGAAUUUCUAUGGCACCCAUUUGGUCCCCAGGUGAAGGGUGGGACCCCAACUCUAAAACAAAUGUGGACACCAUUGUCUGUGAAGGAAGAUAGUUUUGAUACCUUAGACCAAUGAAGAAGAAAAGUCUAACAGGUGGACAAAACCUUGGACUUUAGUGAUGCUGAUAUUCAUUGUUUCUUUGGCAGGAACCACAAGUUUUUCCUCUUGUAUUCCUUCGUUUGCUAUUAGCUAUUAGUUUAGAUUUGUACUUGGCCAAGUCCAGACUCAAUGUACAAUCCAUUCGGAAAAGUA